UGACUAUUAUCCUAUCAAAUAGACAAAGGAGCGGCCAACAAAAGCACCGAAAAUAGAAUAAUAUUCUCACACCACUAAUUAGAGCACGAUUUAUUCGAUGCCCCCAUAUAAUAAUAGUAGUGGUAGUAAUUUGAAUAACCCAGUGAGCCACGUGGCCGAAAUCUAUGCAUAGAACUCCACCUAUCCGACGGUCCAAAUUCAACAUGGCCUCCUUUUCACCCAACCCAUUCUCUACAAAGAAACGAAAUUAAUCAGAGAUCAAACUCAAAUACAAACCAAAAAGCAAAAGGAGAGAUGGGGGUGGUGAUGAUCGACGGGACGACGGUGCGGUCGUUCGUGAACGACGAGGAGCAUUUCGUGAAGGGCGUGGACGAGGCGUUCGCGGCGCUGGACCUGAACCAGGACGGCGUGCUGUCGCGGUCGGAGCUGCGGCACGCGUUCGAGUCGACGCGGCUGGUGGACACGGACUUCGGGGUGGAUGUGGCGAUGCCGCCUGAGGAUGUGACGAAGCUGUACGACUCCAUCUUCGCGAGGUUCGACUGCGACAACAGCGGGACGGUGGACCAGAAGGAGUUCAGGGACGAGAUCAGGAACAUACUGCUGGCCAUCGCCGACGGCCUCGGCUCCAACCCUAUUCAGAUGGCGCUCGAGGAGGGCGACAGGAAUCUCCUCAAGAAGGCCGCCGAUCUCGAGGCCUCCAAGAUUGCUAAGCCUAAUUGAUUAUGUUUUCAUAUAUCACUUGUGUUGCUUUGUUUUUGUUUUUGUUUUUGAUUUUGUGUUUUUCUUCUGGCAAAUGUGUGUUUCUAUUGUAUGGUUAUGGUAGUUAGUUUUCCUUGGAAUUUUAAUGUUUGGUUUUCUAAAUGUA